AUGAUGGCCUCCGUCAUCGCUGGUGGCAACCGGGACCGGCAGUCGCUCGUCCUGAGCGGGGUGGAUCCGGAGACCUGCAUGAUCGUGUUCCAGAACCACUGGGCCCAGGUGGUGAAGAUCCUGGAGAAGCACGACCCCUUGCGCAGCGGGGCGGGGUUCAGCGGCGGGAUGCGUUUCGGGCCCGUCCCGGGCGACGAGGCCAGCGCGGUGCAGAACUACGUAGAGCACAUGCUCUUCCUCCUGAUGGAGGAGGACUGCGGCCAGGGGGGCGCCAUGGGCCCCAUCCUGGAGUUUGUAGUGACGGAGAACGUGAUGGAGCAGCUCUUCCUCUGGAGCCUGAGGCGCGAGUUCACCGACGACAUGAAGGUGGAGCAGCUGAAGAUGUACGAGAUGCUGGUGGGCCAGUCCCGCCAGCCCAUCCUGCACCACAAGCCCGUACUGCGGCCCCUCAUGAUGCUGCUGGGGUCCUGCGUCGGGGCCGGGGCCCCUGCGGUGGAGGCCGAACUGGUGCUCCUGCUCAACCUGCUCUGCUCCAUCCUGGCCAAGGACCCUUCCAUCCUGGAGCUGUUCUUCCACACCAGCGAGGACCAGGGGGCUGCCAACUUCCUCAUCUUCUCCCUGCUCAUCCCCUUCAUCCACCGCGAGGGCCGGGUGGGCCAGCAGGCCCGAGAAGCCCUCCUCUUCAUCAUGGCCCUGUCGGCUGAAAACCAGGUGGUGGCCAGACACAUCGCAGAGAACACCUAUUUCUGCCCGGUGCUGGCGACAGGGCUCAGUGGUCUGUAUUCGUCCCUGCCCACCAGGCUGGCAGUACGGAGCGAGGAUUGGCACUGCCUCCAGGCAGAAGACUGGCAGCAGAUUCCCGCUCUGGUGCAGUUCCUCCACUCCCUGGAGUUCUGCAACGCUGUCAUCCAGGUGGCCCACACCUCAAUCAAAAACCAGCUGGUGGGGUACAUCUAUAAUGGCUUCCUUGUGCCUGUACUAGCCCCGGCUCUGCACAAGCUGACCGUGGAGGAGGUGAUGACCACCACGGCGUACCUGGACCUGUUCCUGCGGAGCGUGGUGGAGCCCGCCCUGCUGCAGACCUUCCUGAGCUUCGUCCUGCUGCACCAGCACGAGAGCGUGCACAUCCUGGACACGCUGGUCAGCCGCAUCAACACGCCCUUCCAGCUGGGGACCGUGUCAUUGGCCCUUUUCCGAACUCUGAUUGGUUUAAACUGCGAGGACGUGAUGCUGCAGCUUGUCUUGAGGUACCUGAUCCCCUGUAAUCACAUGAUGCUGAGCCAACGCAGGGUACUGCAGGAGAGGGACUGCUAUUCCACCUCCGCCGCCAAAAUUCUCAGCCUCACCCCCUCCUGCUGCAGCCCAGAGCUCCAGCUAGACCGCAUUCUCUGGUCGAAAAGCCUGGAGGGCCCCCUCCCCGGCCACACCGACACAGAGAAGCUGUUCUCAGAUGAGGAUGGUACUGCAUUCUCCUGUGUCAUUGGGGCCCAGAUUCUCAAGGACGUUACCUACCUUCAGUACCUGCACGAUGCCCAUAGCUGCAUCGCCUCUUGCGUCAAGGCGUGUCGUGUGUGGUCAGCCCCGUAUGACGGCGUGGACCCUCCCCCCGAACACUGCCAGGGCCUCUCCCUGGACGAGGGGGGGAAGCAUCCUUCCAGGAGGACGCAGAGACCUCGGCCCUCCUCAGACCUGGGCUCCGCCGGGGAGCAGGUCAACCACCUGGAGCUGGAGUGGGACGAUAGUUACGAUGCCGUCCUACCCCCCGAAGAAGAGAGCGGCCCCGAGACCAGGCCCUCAGUUCCUGCAGAGCCCCCCAAGCACAUCCAGGAGAUGAGGAAGAAUGCCAUCAUGCUCAUCAGAGGCUCCUACAUCGAGGAAUCCGACUUCCAGGAUGACGUUCUGGUCUACAACCUCAUCGCACAGAAGGACACCAAGGAUGUAGUGGAGCCUAGCCGGCCAAAGGCCCAGAACACAGCGGCCGUUAAAAAGCACCAGCAGGAGGAGGGGUUGGCUCAGUGUCAGCCCACCCAGCCACUAAGUAACGGCCUGAGCUCUCCACAGCACCACCCAGAGGUGAAAGAACAGAACAACAACGCCUGUGACCACAACUCCAAGCUCCAUGUUCGGGCGAGUCAGCCCGAAGAUGACUUCAUGUCCCAGUACUACGAGCUCAUCCGCACUUUGGGGGUGAACCCAACAAGCCCGGUGAAAGGAGAGGGGCAGUUCCGAAAGCUGGUCAGCCCCGCAGAAGAAGACGAGGUGGACUUUACGUCGUUCGACAUCGACUCGCCAGAGCUCGAGAAAACUCCCUCACCCUUUGGGUCAAAGAACCACAGCGGGGCCUGGAGUCAGGCAGUACCUUUCACCGGGCCAUUCAUCAGCGUGUUGCUGUCCCGCCUGGAGAACAUGCUGGAAAACUCCAUCCACGUUAACCUCCUGCUGACGGGGAUUCUGGCACAGCUAGCCGCCUAUCCCCAGCCUCUGCUGCACUCCUACCUGCUCAACACCAACAUAGUGCUCCAGCCGAGCGUCCGCUCUGUCUACCAGGUCCUUGCGUCUGUGAAGAACCAGGUCGAGCAGAAGGCUGCAGCCAAGAAAGACUUCCCAGAGCUGGUGAGGGCUGUGCAGCAGUACCUCUUGGCUAGAGACGACGUUCUGCGCAACCGAGAGCUACUGCUCUCGAAUGGAGACUGGCUUCCCAAUGGACAGGAGGACAGGACACUUGUUGCCAGCAGGAUUACGAGGAACCUGCCGCCCCCUCCCAAAAUCCCUCCCCAGCUCUGCAACGGGGUGUUCGCCACGGCCCUCUUCGGUGAAUUUCUCAAAGAACUGGCGGCCUUCGCUCAGGAACACUCUAUCCUCACACACACACCGCAGGAGGACUAG